AUGAGCCCACUUUGGACUCUACACCGAGUCCUCCUACGGAUUCGGAGAGUCUUCAUCUUCUGCAGGUACUUCAUUUGUUUCAAUGGCCUAUGAUCCCCUGAGAAGACUGAAGUUCAUAUCCUAGCAAAAGAGAAGUAUGAGUGGCCCAACUCAGCUGAUUGGAAGAAGAGGGGGCUCUUUUAUGGGUGCCCCCGGGGCGUGGAUGUACUAGGCUCUCUGGCUGAUUGGCAGCUGGGACGAGUUAGCCUGGAAGCAUUUACACUGCUUUUCUACAUCCCCUGAAGAGUUGUCACCAGCAGACAGAUCCUUGCAGCAGGCAAACAGCGAUCUUCUCAGAAGAGCUUUUGA